GUGGCAUUUGUCUCCAUGGACUCUGAGUUGGAAGUACCCUCAACAACACCACACCACACCACACCACACCACGAUGACAAUGCCGCUUCUCCUCCUUGUUGCUUAGCCGGCGAACUAGACGGUUCUACUCUUUUCAUCGCCUUCUAAUCUAAUAAAAUCUCUCUCAGUGCUAGUUCUGAUGGUUGUUAUUCAAGCUACCAAACUCACUCUCCCCCAAUCUUCCUCUUCUCUCUCCUCCCCACAAAUCUCCUCUCUCCUCUUCGAUCCCCACUCUCUCUCCCUCGCUCUCAUGCACUCCGACUCCUCUUUCUCUCUCUUCCCCUCCCUCUCUCUCCCCCCUCUUUCUCUCUCCUCUCUCCCUCCUCCCCAAACCCUCAUCCCCCCUCCCUCCUCCUCCGCCACCUUCCUCCGCCUCCUCAACCCUAACCCUAAUUCCCCCCCUCGCCUCCUCUUCAUCUCCUCCUCCCCUCUCCGCGGCGGCUCCUCCCUCCUCCUCCGCUUCUGGAUCCUCCUCCCCAACUCCCACUCCUUCUCCAAGGCCCGAGUCAUUUGCAAUCAGACCGGCCUCAAAUUCGACGAUCAUAAGUCGGGGGUCGUUUUCAGCGUCAAUCACGGUAUUUCGAUCAAGCUCGUUGGUUCGAUUAAUGUUUUCGCCAUGUACUCCGUCUCGAAUUGUAAGAUUUGGGUGUUUGCUGCGAAAAUGGUGGAUGAGGACGACAAUGGGGUGGUUGUGAAGUUGAUCAAGUGUGCUGUGAUUGAUUGCUCUGUGCCGGUGUUUGCGAUUAGUGUUUCGUUUGGGUUUUUGAUAUUGGGGGAAGAGAAUGGGGUUAGGGUUUUUCCUUUGAGGCCGCUUGUGAAAGGGCGAGUCAAGGAACAUCGGCGAGAGAGUAAGAACUUGAAUGAUGGAUUGACCAAAGAUAAAUUGGAAGCUCAAAGGUUGAAUUUGCCGAAUGGAGUGAUUCAGAGAGUCAAUGGAACCGAUGUUUCCAAUAGCGAUUCGGUACUGCGCGUGAACUAUGGAGCUAGUGGUCGUGGAAGCAAACGAUCUGGUGAUGAAGACACUCUGGAGAUUUCUUCUUUGAAGUUGAAAUCUGUUAAACUGAGACGAGACUCUAAAGAAGGGGGCUCUUUUUUUGUGGCAUUUAAGAGCGAGGUUGAGGGCUACAAAUCUACUAAGGUACCAUUGCAGUCAGCAAAGGCAAUUUCUAUCCAGGCUUUAUCGCCAAAUAAGUUUGUGAUAUUAGACUCAACUGGAGAGUUACAACUCUUGUGCCUGUCCAAUCCUGUCCUUGUGUCAGAAAUCCGUUGCCAUGUGAAGCAGUUAACCACCAGCAUGAAAGUUGAAAAGCUGGCUAUUCUUCCUGAUAUUUCAACAAGAACACAAACUGUUUGGAUAUCAGAUGGUCGCCAUACAGUGCACAUGCUGGCAGUACCUGACAUAGAUGCUUCUUUUUGUGAAAGCGAUGGAAAAGACAUCGAGGAAAAGCUUAUACAAAUUUCAGUUCUUCAAGCAAUAUUUGCCAGUGAAACAAUCCAAGAUAUUAUUCCUUUGGCUUCAAAUGCAAUUUUGAUUCUUGGACAAGGAAGCUUAUUUGCAUAUACAAUUUCCUGAAGGUGCUUGGUGGUUGCCUCUCUAUUGCAUUUUACAAACUUAGCAGUUUAUUUUGAAGGGCAUAUCCAGGACAAUUUAGUUUGAUUUGUGCCAGUUGAGGGGAUUCGGGGAUCUGAAGUGUAUGUUACGGAAUUGGUUGCGUUUGAUUUUCUGAUUCCCAUGGUUCUGUUUGUCAUCAUUUCACAUGUCAUGAGCUGCGGUUGCCUCCGAGGACACCGAGCUCUUGCAGAGAAAUAAUAUAAGGGACCAGUUGGGUGCCUGUUGGUGGAGUUCUGAAUCAGGGGCAAGAUUGGAUUUUUCAACAAUUCAUGCCAGUCCCAGGGCCUGCUUCCAUAAAGUAACAAGAAACUCAUGGUGGAUGGUAAACAGGUAAAACUUUUGGCUGUUGUUUAGUGGUUUAUCUGUUAUCUGCUCUCCUCCCAUUUGCGGUGCUAGCAAAAAAUUUCAGAUUGUCAGGGGGAGUAUUAAACCAGCGUGCACCCAAAGGAUCACAAAGGUAUGGGGCAGCUUUGGUCAGUGUGUUGUAAAAUAUUUUUUUGAUUUGGAUUACUCCGUGUAAUAUCUCUUGCUAUCCAUAUGCCUGUAAGGAGUUAAAUCUAAUUCAACUGUGACCCAUACAAUUAAAACUGAAUUUACAUUGAAGCAUUUAACUCAAACUGUUUUUAUGACA